AUGCCACAAGAUCUCGUUCUACCGCGCCCAGGGGCGAGUUACAAGCCUCAGCCACCUGUUGCGGGGCCGACAGAGUCCGCUUUUGUCGAAGCAUUUGGAGCACUACUGCCGGCCGCUCAAUUCCUUCAGACUCCCCGCGGUAAGGCUGCUUAUUACGAGAUCACACCUUCAUCAUCCAACGAUGGUGUCGCCAGAAUCGAUAAAGUACUAUUCAUCCAUGGUGUCCAGACUCCAGCGCUAGGGAUGCUGCCCCUCGCACGCGCCCUUGAGAAAUCGUUCCCGGCUGCGCAUAUGGUUGUGAUCGACCUCUGGGGCCAUGGACUGAGCGAUACGCCUGUUGCUCCGCACGAAUCAUCACUAUUUCACGAACUUAUCGACAACCUAUUGGAUCAUCUGAGCUGGCAGUCUACUCAUAUCGUCGGCUUUUCCUUCGGCGGAGCCACCACUGUCAGCUACGUUGCCUCCAGGCCCUCGCGCGUCAAGAGCUUCACUCUCGUCGCGCCCGCAGGUCUUCUACAACUCUCCAUGUUCCCGCCCGAAGAGCAGGCCUAUCUUCAAGGAGACGACUAUGCUGCUGCGAAGAAAUGCGUUUUGAACAUUCUCGAGGGCGGAGACCUCGUUGUACCAAAGGACUGGAAACAGAGGGUCGCCAAGGGUGAAGUCGUCGCUGAGGCAGUCCGUGAGUGGCAGAUGCGUGAACACCCGGGACAUACAGCUUCUGUUGUUGCCAUUUUCAGAGACGGAGCUGUGAUGGACUCUCAUGCUCAGUUUGAUAAGGCGGCCAAGACAGGAAUUCCAUCACUCGCUGUCCUUGGAGAGCUAGAUACCUUGUGUAACAAGGAGCAGCUGAACGAUCUUGGAUUCGAGAAUGUGUUUGUUGUUCCCAAGGCUGUGCAUAGUGUUGUGAGGGAUCAGGCUUUGGAUGUCGCGAACCUCAUUGGAGAUUUCUGGAGGGGACUAGAGCCGCAAUGA